AUGUUCUAUCCUACCGCUGAGACGGGAUAUCGCAUCACUCGCGCCAUUGUCCCUCAAGGAAGUAAGUUCCAGGUCGGCGCGCACUGGCAUGAAGAAUAUGAUGAGUACAUGCGCGUGAUCCAGGGUCGCUUGAAACUCAGACUGGGAAAAACGUGGAAAGUGUACACACCAGAAGAUGGGGAAAUCUUGAUUGCGAAGGAUGUCAUACAUGAUCUUUGCAGAGCGGACAAAGAUGCAAAACCGGGCGAGGACGAUGAGGGUGAUAUGAUCAUAGAGGAACGGAGCGAUCCUGUCGACGGCUCGAAGGAGCUCUUCUUCCGGCACGCGUUCUCUACUGUCACCGACAAAGCAGUCUUUGGAUGGAAGUUGCCACUUCAGCAACUGCUUGUGCUCAUGUACUCGGAUACAUACAUUGAAACACUUCCGGGUCCAGCUGGAUGGUAUGCUACCCAUGGUCUUUAUGCGGUACUCAAUCCACUGGCCAGAUUGCUGGGGUUGAAACCAUUCUACGACGAAUAUACACCAAGCAGGCUCGUGAAUAUUAGGAUGGAUAUGGAGGGUGGAACAAAGAAGAAAAAGACUUGA